AUGCCGUCUCGAGUCUCCUCCUCGCGAACAUCCCGCGCAUCAGGUGUCUCCCAUAAGGCCUCCGCCCAAACCCUCAACUCCCGCGCAUCUACCGCAUCGCGCAUCUCCACCCCUAACAUCGAAACCCCCGAAUCCCCUGAGAAUGAACUCCGCACGCAAAUCUCCUCCAUCUUCCGAGACGCGCAGCGCACCACUGCUGGCCACCGCAAGCUCGUCAUUAACCUGCGCAAGAUCCAGGAAGCCUGCUGCUACGAGCCAACGGCCAGCAGCAGCAGUAGGAAAAAGACCGGCGCCGAGGACUUUGACGAAGAACAGUUCACAGCGGAGCUCACGCGAUGCGUGCUCCGCGUCAUGCCGGUCAAGAAAAGCGAAAGCGUGGGCGAGCGUGCGAUCCGCUUCAUCGGCUCGUUUCUGCGGUAUGCGAGCGAGAAGGACAACGAGCUGUUCACGGAGGGCGACGACGACCACGCUAUGAUGGAGACGCCGAGUACGAGACUCAUAACGCACUUGAUGAAUGCCGUGCUGCCGCUGCUGACGGCCAAGGAGAAGUUUGUGCGGUAUAGGAGCACGCAGCUGAUUUCGCAUGUAAUCAACAGUCUGGAAGCGAUUGACGAUGAUCUGUUUCAGUUGCUGAGGCAUGGAUUAUCAAAGCGGAUUCACGACAAGGAGGCCAUGGUUAGGGUGCAGGCUGUGCUGGGGCUGGGCCGGCUGGCGGGGAACGAAGUUGAAGGGGAGGCGGCGGAUAGCGAUGAUGAUGAGUCAGGGUCGGGAUUGUUAGAGCGGCUGCUGGAUGUGCUGCAGAAUGACCCGAGUGCUGAUGUGAGGAGGUCGCUUUUGGUCAAUCUUCCGAUUCUGCCAAAUACGCUGCCAUUCUUGCUAGAGAGAGCACGGGACCAGGAUCCGGCUACACGACGAGCCCUUUACUCGAGACUUCUGCCUUCCUUAGGCGAUUUCAGGCAUUUGUCGUUGUCUAUGCGUGAGAAGCUCUUGCGGUGGGGUCUCAGAGAUAGAGAUGAGAAUGUGCGAAAGGCAGCCGGAAAGCUGUUCCGAGAACGCUGGAUCGAGGACUGUGCUAGUACUGUUGAGCUCGAAGAGGGCGCUGAUCCAGCUAAUGUAGAGGCCAAGCCUGUCGACUUUGAGGGACUUCUGGAAUUGCUCGAGCGUAUCGAUGUGGUGAACUCGGGCGUCGAAAACGGAGUUGCAUUGGAGGCCAUGAAGGGCUUCUGGGAAGGACGACCAGAUUACCGGGAUGAAGUCACGUUCGAUGACAACUUCUGGGACACCUUGAGUGCUGAAGCCGUCUUCAUGGCCCGAAGUUUCAAUGACUUUUGCAGGCAUGAAGAUAAUGGGAAAUUCGAAUCUCUAAUUGAGGAGAAGAUGCCUGAAGUCACGAAGCUUGCAUUUUACCUCGAACGAUACAUCACUGUUUUGGUCGAGGCUCUUAAGCGAGUCAACGGCUAUGAGCCAAACGAAGAGGAUGAAGACGAGGAGGACACAGUCGAGCAAGAAUUCAUUGUUGAGCAGCUCUUACAUAUUGCCAAAACUCUUGAUUACUCUGACGAAGUUGGGCGAAGAAAGAUGUUCGCGCUUCUCCGUCAAUCGCUCUCCAUCCCAGAUCUUCCAGAAGAGGUCACCAAACUCACUGUCGAAGUGCUACGAGGCAUCUGUGCCGGUGAUGCUGCCGGAGAGCGAGAGUUCGUCAGCAUUGUCUUGGAAGCUGUCGCUGAUGUCCACGACACGAUCAUGGAUGAGCCAGCAUCCGAUGAAGCUGAUGAAAGCUUCCAUUCCGCAAAAUCCGAGAUCAGCGGCGAAGGCACACCCACCAAAUCCAGAAAAGCCUCUCCAGAGACCGAGGAAGAAAACGAAGAGAAAGCUAUCCGUGAGAUCAUGGUCAAUAUGAAAUGCCUCCACAUCGUGCAAUGUAUGCUCGAGAACGUGGAGGGUAACCUCCAACAGAACGUCGACCUAGUAGCAAUGCUCAACAACCUCGUCGUCCCCGCAGUCCGCAGCCACGAAGCCCCUAUCCGCGAACGUGGCCUCCUCUGUCUAGGUCUUUGCUCCUUGCUUGACAAAUCCCUCGCAGAGGAAAAUCUGACUCUCUUUAUGCACUUUUUCAGUAAAGGGCACGCUGCGCUACAAAUCACCGCCCUCCAGAUCCUGACCGAUAUCCUCAAUCAGCACGGCGCCCACCUUCUGGACAGUAACCCUACUCUCCUCAAGGUAUACCUGAAAGCCUUGAAAUCAGGCAACAAGACUCCCGAGGUGCAAGCAGCAGCCACUAUGGCCGUCGCAAAACUCAUGCUCGGCCGCGUCAUUUCCGACGCUUCUCCUGCUAUCGACGACUUGCUUAAGACGCUCAUAGUCUUGUACUUUGACCCCAGCACAGCGCAUAACCAAGGCGUGCGCCAGACCCUCUCCUACUUCCUCCCCGUCUACAGCUUCUCCCGAAAAGAGAACCAGGAGCGCAUGCAGAAAGUCUCUCUCGACGCCCUGCACAAGCUCUUUGAAAUCCAGGAGACGCUCGACGAUGACGGUGAGGCAGAGACGGACAUGGUGAGUCUGAGUACCAUCGGCGCGCACCUGAUCGACUGGACGGAUCCACGAAAGUGUUAUGUGCCGGGUAGCCAGAUGACGCUGGAAGAGAGCGCGAAGAAGGCUGUGAACGGGGACGUGCAUUUGGAAUUUGCACGGUCGUUACUAGAGAGGCUGGAGAGUGGUGCUAGUCGAGAAGAGAAGAAAACUUUCGCCCCUCUCCUCGCCAAACUACACAUCUCGCCCGCCUCGACCCCGCUCCUUCUCCGCGCGCUUUACGCAGAGGUCUCGACCGCCAUCGACGAGAAGCUCGUCGCGGAUGCGACAGGCCGCAACGCACUUUUCAAGAUCCAUGUCUCGCUUGGCAAGAUUGUGAACGCGCUCAAGGAGGACGAUGAGGAGUUGCUGCAGGCGCAGCUGACGCUGAAUUUCAGAGGGAGUGCGGGGAGUUCGGGGAGUGUUCGUGGGGGGAGUAGGGUAGCGAGUGCUGCGAUGAGUGUUGGGCAGGAGGAGCAAAUUAAGGUCGCAGGGAGUAUGGAGGGUAAAAAUGAUGAGAGGGAAGGGGAAGGAGAAGGAGAAGGGGAGAAGUCAACGAAAGUUGAACAGGAGGCGGACGGCGAGGAAGAUGAGAGCGAUGAAGGUGGUGAGGGCACUAUAAUAGCGAAUCCUGUCCAGAACCGGGAGAGGAGCAGCCACACGCGGGAUUCGCUCGUGAGCGAACUGUUGAGCGAUGAUGGAGAUGGGGAUGGAGAUGGGGAUGUAGAUAUGGGCGGUGUUUGA